AUAAAGGAGAGAGCCCUGAUUGAUAUGGAUUCCGAAGCUGUGGCAGAUUUGCGUGAAAUGAUCUUGCUUUAUCCACUAUACCCACCUUAUCAAAAAGAUACCAAGAUGACCCAGAUCCAAGAAAUAACAACACAUCGUUAUCCCCCUGCGUUUGAAAAAGUGUUGAGGAGCCAGAGACAAGACAACCUGGUUGGCAACAGGCAGAGCAGGGCUGACAUCCACCUGGUUGAACUUAUCCACCAAGUUGAAGAGCUUGACCCCAGCCUUCUGGCCAACUUCCCUCCACUGAGGGCCCUGAAGACCAGAAUCAGCAACCUCCCUACUGUGAAGUUUCUGCAGCCCGGCCGUUGGAGGAAGCCUCCUAUAGAUGUGAAAAAGUUAGAAGGAGCCAGGAAGAUUUUCAAGUUUUAA